AUGAUUCUCUUUAUUGUAAUAAUUCUGCUUCAAUUUGGGCUUCGAUUCGUUGACAGCUCAGCAAGCAAUAGCUUAACUGACUGCCAGGCAGUGGCUGCCAAAUUUAAUAAUACCUGUAAUGGAGUAGCUGUUAGCAGUAUUAUCGCUACCACAGGUACCAAUGUAUCAUGUAGCUCAGGUUUCACUAGUACAACGUGUCCUGGUACAAUGGACAGUAGUACAUGUAAGUUUCAACAUAAACUGUGUGUCACUUGCUCAAGUACUACAACUAUUCGUAUUCGUGUUCAAUCAAAUGGAUUGCCACGUUUUUGUCCUAAUACACCUGCGCCUAUAAAAGAACAGAACAUUGAUUUUGAGGUGAAUUUUAAUCCUAAUGUAAAUGUCAAUUCUUUUGUACACAAUCCAAGCACUUCAUCACAAUUAAACUCAAUCGUUUGCAACAUCAGUAAUCAAGCAUCUGUACCAUCCGCAUCCAAUUAUGUAUCUUUUAGUAAUUCUGGUUCUUUUAAUACACUUGCUGGUGUUAGUGUUGAUGGUGUGUCAAUUUUAAAUGUAAAUAGUGCUAAUAAUGUUGAUCCAUUUUAUCCAACUGGAGGCUAUACAUCAGAGUCAGUCGAUGCAUGUUUAGGACAUCCGAAUGCAGCAAGUAAUGGUUAUCAUUAUCAUAUGGCAUCGGGUUGUGCAUUGAGUCCUCCUACUGAAACGAUCAAAUCCUGUAAGUCCACUUCUGGUUGUAGUACAAGUAUUGCCAACUACGCGAUAUCAAAAUUUUCGUCAUAUCGUACUUUAACUGUAAUUGGAAUAGCCAAAGAUGGACAUGUUAUCUAUGGACCUUACGAUUCAACAGGCGCUGAAAUAACAAAAGGUUUCGAUAUAUGCAACGGUAUGUUUUAUGAUUCUAUUGGAAAUUAUGCCUAUUUUGCUACACGAACAUUUCCAUAUAUAACGGGUUGUUUUGGUCCCGGUAAUUAUCCAAGUUUUCUUCCAAGUUGUACAACAAAUAAACCGACGGCAUAUACAAAAUCAGCUUAUGCCGGCUAA